UCUUCUAAAGGAGGUAAUUAAAAAAAGUGAUAAAUCUGAGUAUAUUAACAUAUUGUUGUCUCCACUAUCUUUCCACGCCGUAUUGAGCAUGACAGCCGCCGGAGCAACAGGAGAUACAUUAAAUCAGAUGCUUCAGUUUCUUGGCGUUAGAAAUAUCGAUGAUUUGAAUUCCAACUUCUUAAAAAUGGCUGCUGUUUUUGAGAGCAACAGUGAGAGGGAUAGUAAUUGUCCAGAUUUGAGCUUCGUUAGCGGAAUAUGGGUGUCUUAUACACAUGAAUUGAAAGACUCUUUCAAAGAAUUAGUCAAUACUCUCUAUAAAACUGAGGCUAAAUCUGUUGAUUUUCAACGAAAGGAAGAGGUGGUAAAAGAAGCUAACUUAUGGGCUAGCGUUGUCAAAAGGCCUCAUCGCAGAAGUUCUCAAGACAGAGUACCUCAACCAAUAUACAACGAUCCUUUUUGCAAAUGCCUUGUAUUUUAAAGGUACAUGGAAAGAAAUAUUUGACGAACAACAAACCAGGAACAAAGAUUUUUACCUACUCAACGGUGACAAAAUUUCAGUUCCAUUUAUGACUGGUUGCAAAGAUUUUCUGUAUGGAUCAUUUGAAGGUGUUCAAGUUGCUAAAAUUCCUUACUUAAUUGGAAAAGACAAGAAAGAGUUUUCUAUGUAUAUUUUUCUUCCAAAAGAAAAAGAUGGAUUGCCUAACUUAUUGACAAAAGUGAAUUCUUGUCCAAAAUUCUUUACCAAAAAAUACAGACUUCGGAAGGAAGAACUUGAUGCACUCUACAUUCCAAAGUUCAAAUUCUCAUACAUUGUAGUGGAUGAAGUGAAAGAAACAAUGCAGGAAAUGGGAUUGACUCUACCUUUUGACGACGAAUGCGAAGAGAUAACUGGGAUUGUAGAAACUGAAGGGCCAUUCAUUAUCAAUAGGAUAUUACAAAAGGCAUUUGUGGAAGUAAAUGAGAAGGGUACUGAGGCAGCAGCUGUUACUUACGAGUCAGAUGAUGACUUGGGAUUUUCAUUGUAUGAUAUGCCACCACCUCGUCCAAGGUUUGUAGCAGAUCAUCCUUUCUUGUUCAUGAUCAGGGAAGAUGUUUCAAGAUCGGUGCUUUUUGUUGGAGCUGUGCUAAAUCCUUUGAGUGAGUCAAAUGAUUAAUUGAGGAUGUAAGAGGUCUCAAGAUUGGUACUUUUCGCUAGGUGUUGUUUUGUUUAUUGGCUCUUUGUUUAAGAAAUUUGAGGGUUUUGUUUAUCACCUUAAAUCAUGCUCGUGACUACUAUUCCAUUCAUCUUGUUUUUUUUCAUUUGGCGUGCUUAAUAAAUUCUGC